CGAAGAAGAAGAAGAAGAAUAUUUCUUAACCGUUGUUCUUGUCGUUUAAAUGUACAAACUCUCCAAGCAGUGAGCUAAUAAUAGCACGAACAGUACACAUCCAAGACAAGAAGAAACGUAUUUGCGUGCUUAGAGAAACAUUCUCUCUGAGCGACCCGCUCCGCUCGAACCCGUCGCGUGUCUCGUGUUUACGGGCUGGACGUCAGCUUCAUGGCGGACGGCUGGAACACGGACACCGGGGAGGCCGUGUACCGGUCCCGGGAUGCCGUCAAGAACCUGCGGAUCCGCUGCAUCGCCCACAUUAACGCAGCAUAACCCCCACACAUCACGUAGCCUGGCGGUGCACCCUGCCCCUCACCCCGGUGUCUGUGUCCCCAGGGUGCGUCUAGAGAGGGUGACCUCCACAUCCGCCCUCUCUAAGCACCUGCAGCAGCAGGUCCUGAGCCAGCAGGGAGGAGCCAUUGAGCUGGAGACCCUCACCUCUCAAGGCCAGACGGGGGACAACGAGGAGGAGUUGGUGAUGGGCUGGCAGGAGAAACUCUUCAGCCAGUACGAGGUGGAGCUGUUCCAGAACGAGGCGGCUUGUCAGACCCCUCUGGACCGCCAGUACCACAGCGAGGUCCAGGCCCUGAACCGGCGCAACCACAGGAUCUUCACCUACACCGACCACGACCGCUACACCAGCUGCCUCCCGCUGCAGCAGCUGCAGUCCACCGACUUAUUGACCCCGACCGACUCGCGCCCCACCUUCCUGGCUGAGAGGAUGGCGAGCGUGAGGCACCGACGGCAGGACCGGCGCACCAUGGAUUGCAGCGUCCCGAAGUCAAAGAUCGUCAACUGGGAGCCCUCAGCGGAGUUCGUGAAGAGCAGCCAUGUGGUGAACAACGCCAUGCAGACCAUGCACAUCAUGGGGGACCUGGCCCCGCCUGGAAGGCUCGGCCAGAAGGAGAACGAAUACUUGCUGGUAACCAUAAAAACCGACGGCAGUGGAACCGUCAUCGUCAAGCCCGACUUCAACAAAGGCAAAGAGCCGUACAGGAUAGUAACAUCGGGGGAGAAGAGAGACGUGUGGCGCCUCACGGUGGAGAACGUGUGCACCAGCAUGCAGCCCGAGGAGAAGGAGCGGGAGCAGAACAUGUACAGAGACCUGUACGUUCGGCACAAGGAAUACCUCAACAGCCUCGUGGGUCAAGACUUUGAAAUGCCUCCUGCAGGUGUCCUGCGCUACCUGAUGAACGGAGAGAUCGUCUCAGCCAAAGGCUUCGAAUAUGACAACUUGUACAUCCACUUCUUCAUGGAGCUGCCCAACAACUGGUCCAGCUUGCCCUUCCAGUCUCUGUCGGGGGUCACGCAGACGUGCCGGGCCAGAACACUGGGGAAGGAACACGUGGCGCUCUUCAGCUUCCCCUUCAGCUUCGAGGCGUUCUACAUGAGCGAGAAGGAGACCGAGGAGGCGGCCCCCCAGUGGCCGGUGAUCUACUUCAAGGUUCUUUCUCUGGACUCCUGGCAGCGCUUCAGAACCGAAGGCUACGGCUACCUGCUGUUUCCUGCCACGCCCGGUAAACAUUCGAUGACGUGCCACACCUGGAGGCCCCUCCAGGCGGGGCCGGUCUCUGCACUGAGGCGCUUCUUCAUCGGAGGCUCCCCGGAGCUGGAGGACCUCAGCUACGUCAGGAUCCCGAGCACCUUCCAGGGAGAGCGGCUGAGUCGCUUCGGCUUCUGCACUGAAAGCACAGGAAGCGUGACCUUCGACCUGCACUGCAUCCAGCAGGCCAGGGCGUUUGUUGACGCCACCGUGAUGAAGAGGAGGAGGCAGAAGGUGUUCGACCAGCUGGGAGGAUUCAGCCAGCAAGGAGCCGUGUGCACCAUCCUGGAGGCCUUCCAGAGGGCCAGGAAGAAGAUGCAAGAGGCCCGAGAGAGUCUCCCCAGAGACCUGGUCCACACCAGAGACCUGGUCCACCCCGCCUCCCGCCUGGAGGCCUCUGCACAGUGAAGACGAGCAGCUCUACUGUGAAGACGCUGCGCAACACGUUUAGUAUUCUGUGUUUUGCUGAGAGGACGAUGUCAGGAAGAAGAACAUCAACUGACUGCUAUUUAUUAUUAGUAAAUACAACAUAUGAUAUGGAUAUGUGAGCUCAUGAGCAAACGUCGGUUAUCACCGUACGUUGUUUGUACAUCUCAGAUUUAAGUAAAUAGUCUUUUUUAGAUUUAUAGACACAGACUUAUGGAACAGAAAAUUAAAAAACUAUUUUAGAUGUG